AACCGUCUAAUUUAAUGGAUAUGAUGAGAAAGGUUGAAGAACAACCCCCAUACGUAAUCGUUUCAUUAAGAGAAUGUGUCCGUAUGAAUUGGUCAAUGAACGAAAUUAGAAGCUCUUUAAAAGAUCUACCUUCAGGAUUAAAGUGGAACGAUGAUGUCUGCAAUCAUAUAAAAUAUGACGAUGAAAACUACCUUGGGCUCAUUUAUAACAUGCUGACCAAUGGCUAGAUCGCAGAACUGUUUGCCAAUGACGAAAUAAACAAAAUAAUUAAAUCAAUACAAAAAAUAUCGAAGUUUGAAGAUCAAAGACGGAAUAGGUCGUAUCCAUUCUAUGUAGAUGAUUUGACAAUUUCUCUGAACACUCGCAGUAUCACAAGGUCAAAAAAUCUAUUCCAAACGAAAUUAAAAAUCAAAAUCAAAAAUUCUAUUCAAUCUUUAAU